AUGCAACAUCACCACCAGAACUCCCUCACCUCCUACACCUCCCCUCCCAACGGCCACACCCAGUCGAUUCAUGCACUAGCUCCGCCCACCCCAGGCUCCGCUGGACAGGUCGUCACGCCGCAUUGGCAACAGCAGCUGAUCAAGUACGAGACCAUCCGCGCUUCACGGUCACCGCACCACCGGGCACGAGCCAGCGCCAUGGCGUCCCGUACCGUCGCCAAAUCCGCCAUCCCCAUCACCAACCCGAACGCCAUCCCUAUCAAACCCCCCGCCGACGCCAACGGAAAUGGUGUGGUCAAAGAUGACAAAUCAGCCGCGUCGUCUGCAGCGUCCGAAGGUUCGCCGGGCGCCGCGGCCACCAGUGAAGACCACCCUUCCUCCAUCGUGGGGCCUAUACAGGAGCAGACGAGACCCGCAGGGGAGAAGCAGACGGAGAACACAUGGCAUUCGCUCGACAUGGGCGGUAUCAUGAUCAAGAACAUCCCGCCGACCUCUGGCCUCUUCGCCUUCACCUUCCUCACCAACCUCUACCUCAACCACAACCAACUCAGCCGAAUUCCUCCCCAGAUAUCCAGAUUGCGCCAUCUAGAGCUUCUCGAUCUCUCAGGGAAUUUGCUGACCGCCCUCCCUGAAGAGCUCGGGAUGCUCACGGAGUUGAAGGAGCUUUACGUAUUCGACAACAAGUUGACGACACUGCCCCACCAGCUUGGCACGCUUCACCAACUCCAAACGUUGGGCAUCGAAGGCAAUCCGUUGGACGAGUCGCUUAAAAAGAUAGUGCAGACCGAAGGCACUUCCACUCUCAUCUCCUAUCUCCGCGAUAACUGUCCGAGACCCGACACACCCCCUCCCCGCGUCUUCCACUCCCUCAUCAGCCCUGCCGAGCGUGAGGCCAUGCAGAGCGAUCCGAACGUAGAGACCCUCACCGUUCUCUGCUUCAACGUUCUGUGUGAGCGUGCAGCCACGGAACGUCUGUACGGCUAUACUCCAAGUUGGGCCCUUCAAUGGGACUACCGGAAGGAGCUCAUCAUGGCGGAGAUCACCAAUUACGACGCGGAUGUGCUGUGUUUGCAGGAGGUGGACAUCGGGCAGUACGAGGACUUCUUCGUGCCGCUGUUGGCGGAACAAGGGUACGACGGCGUGUACUGGCCCAAGUCGAGGCACAAGACGAUGAGCGGGACGGAUCGCCGGAUGGUGGAUGGCUGUGCGACGUUCUUCAAGGCAUCCAAAUUCCAGCUGGUGGAAAAGCACCUGAUCGAGUUCAGCACGGUCGCCAUGCAACGUCCGGACUUUAAGAAGACGGACGACAUGUUCAACCGGAUACUCGUUCGGGACAACAUCGCCGUCGUCUGUCUGCUCGAGAACCGCGACUCCGGCACCCGCUUCAUCAUCGCCAAUGCACACUUGCAUUGGGACGCCCGCUGUGCCGAUGUCAAGCUCGUGCAGACCGCGCUGCUCGUCGAGGAGACGGAGAAGAUCGCGGACAACUUCGCGAGGUACCCGCCGCGCCCGCCGCAGCCCCAAACGCCGGGAUCGACCGCCCCUCCGCAACGACCGCCUCCGAUGUAUUCGGAUGGGACGAAGAUCCCAACGCUCAUCUGCGGUGACUUCAAUUCCGUGCCCGGCAGCGGCGUGUACGAGUUCCUGUCGAACGGGUCGGUUCCUCCAGAUCAUCCAGACUGGCUAUCACACGUCUACGGGCGAUACACGUCCGACGGCGUACGGCACCGGUUGGGCCUAAAGAGUGUAUACCAGUCGCUCGGCGAGCUCCCGAUGACAAACUACACGGCCAACUACCAGGGUACUUUGGACUACAUCUGGUACUCGACGCAGAACCUCUCCGUCAGCGCGGUGCUGAGCGAGGUGGAUCGGACGUAUCUGGAGAAGGUCGUUGGGUUCCCCAAUACCAACUUCCCCUCAGAUCACAUCUGCAUCGCCGCUGAGCUCCGUGUCCGUCCUCCUCGGGAUUCACACUCGAACCGACCGCCCCCCGUCUUCCCGCCCUGA